AUGGCAAAUCCACCAUUUGAAGAAAUAUCAAAAACUAUUCCAUUUGGAAGUUCAUAUGCAACAGCAUUCCUUAGUCCUCAAAAAAACAUAAUUUAUUUAUUUGGAGGAAUUGUGAAGGAUGUAAAUACUGAUCUAGAUAUUUUUAAAUCAGUUUUAUAUUCAUAUAAUUUAGAAACUAAUGAGUGGACCAUACCAAUAACAAAUGGAAUCGCACCUGGAAGGAGAAGAGAUAUGAAUGGUGUUAUUAACAAUAAAACUGGAAAAUUUUAUGUUUUUGGUGGAGCAAUUGAUCCAGAAACUGGAUCACAGAGUACUAUAGCACUGAAUGAUAUGAAUAUAUUUGACACUAUUUCUUUAACCUGGUCAAAAGGUUCUUCAAUAUAUGCUCCGCUUCCUCGUAUGGACUUUACUACUACUUUGUUAUCUAAUGGAAUUAUUGUUUUCAUUGGUGGAAGAGAAACUAAUAAUCUUGUUGACGUUGACAUAAAUCAGCUUGUCCUUUAUGAUACGACAAAUGACAAAUGGUCAUCAAUGACGGCACGAGGUGUUAUUUUGGAGAAUCGUAAUGCACAUUCUGCAGUUCUAACACCAGAUGAAAGAAUAAUUGUUUUUGGUGGGUGUAAAGGUAUGAAUGAAACAAUUUUAAAUCAACUUGCUAUACUAAAUACAAAAACAUAUCCAUAUGAAUGGUCAAUUCCGCAAGUUUCCGCUUUAAAUUCUUCACCACCUGAAUCAAUUCAAUUACACUCCGCCACAUUAAUUGAAAAUUAUAUGUUUAUAAAUUUUGGACAAAACUAUCAAAUUCAAAAUUCUGAAUUACAGAAACCAUUUUUUUAUAUUCUUAACAUAAGAGAUUUUACAUGGGUAACUCAAUUCGAACCUAAGCAAUCACCAGUUACUACUAAUUCUGUAACACCAAUUACUACUGUGCCUAUAUCGUCAACUAGUAUUUCACCAAAUUUAACUGCGGAAAAAUCUGGACAAAUCGGCAUUAUUCUUGGAGCUGUUGGUCUUAGUGUUGUUAUUAUUACUGUUGCUGGAUUUUUAGGUUAUAAAUUUUAUAAAAAACAAAAAUACAAUCGUGCUAUACCUACAUCUGGGCAAAUCCAAACUUAAGACAUUAUUGACUGACUUCUAUGAUUUUAUAAUUUAUGGUUUUGCUUAUUUUUGAAAUAUUUUAUUCAUUUUAUAAGAAAACAAGCAAUUAUUUAUAUUAAUGAUUUAUUAUUUAAUCAAACUCAUCUAGACGAAAUUUAAAAUAAUAUAUAAUAUUUCGGGUACUAUAAUAAG